CAGGACAGGACAGGACUGUAGGGCCGGACAGAGGAAAAUAUCCAAUACGCAGGACUUUACGUCACAACAGUGGGAGCAAUUCUCAGGAGGUCCUUGGGGUGUAAUGUGCUGGUAAAGCGGAGGUGCUGUCAAAGCGGAAGUGGUACUGAAACAAGAGCGAUUCUGAUUUAAGCAACAAAGCCGUGCUUGAGUAACAUACUCAUAUUCUGGAGCGUUCUAACUGAAGUUUCAGUUCAUAAGAGGGAUUUACUGGAGAAAACAUUAAUAGGAUUUAAACGAGGUAUUGGUGGUCUCGCCUGUGUGCUCACUCCUGUGACCUUUCCGUUGGAACAGGAAUCGCAAUAGAAGUUUGUGAGAACAUAAAGGAAUGGCCGCACUGGAAUUGCACUGUGGGCCGGAUCCUGGAGGUCGUGGGUGGGGUGGAGAGAGAGUUGACCUGCUGGACAGUUUUGACUCAGAGAUGCAAGAAUGGGAAGAUCAGCUUCAGGAAAUGCAGAGAAAGAUUGAGGAGUUGUAUAAUGAAGUCAAAGCACGAAGAGAGGCCAAUGAGACCAACACAAACGAUAUCACCAACAACAAAAGCCUGGACUUUACUACCUUGCUUCCUGUUAACCUUGCCAAUGGUUAUCCCUCUGGUUGCCCAAACAGCAACCUCCCAGUUCAUCAAUGCAAGGGAGUUGGUGGUGAUCCUUCGGUUAUUAGAAGCUUUGGGUUUCCUCAUCUCAGCAAUAACUGUAAUGGCUCCAACAAUUACAUGCUUAAUCCACUGAGCAAAUGCAGCCAAAAUCCAAACAGUUGUCAUAAUAUUGGUAACCAGGACGCCACACUAGAUAUCCUCAACGGAUACCUCCAACAGAGGCCACAAUUGGGAAACAGUCAAAGGAAUCUUGGAGCCCCAAAUACAGUAUUUCCUGUUUCACACAGUUAUCAGGACAGUAUGAAGACAAGCCCUGGGACAAACAGGACUGCCUCAGGCAUAGUUGUGGAAGAGUUGGAGGAGGAUAAGAACAAGAAAAAGAAAGCAAGUCUGGAUGAGUCUCAGGCUUGUCAUGUUAGCUGGAAAGACCAGAUUUUAUCAAACAACCUUCCCCCUAAAAAUUCAGCUUCCAAACAGCCAGUUAAACAGAGAAAUGCUUCACCUGUACCCCCUCGUUCACCCUUCCAUGAGUCAUCACAACAACCUGAUAGGAAGUGCCUCUUGAUCGACAGGAAGUGUGGCAGUCCAUCAGUGUUGCGUAAGUUUGGUGCCAUGUUGCAGGAGAACGAGGGGAAAACCCUGAUUGAAGAUGGUCUCAUGACCACUUUGAUCUCCACUGAACUGCCAAAGCACGCCAGCACUACCGUCUGCCAGAGCAAAUUCGAUGCCAGGCGGGUGUCCACACAAGUGCCCAUCCAGAAAUGCAUUGCAGACUGUGACAAACCAAUGGUGGAACUGGAGCCAGGCCAGGAUCCUUCGGCAGCUUUUCCCCCUCAACAUUUGCUCCAUAACGGAGAUAGACACAGUGAGAUGGUUGGCUCUGCUCCUGAGCAGUAUGGCUUGGCCUUCAACCUAAGCCCUUCGCAGUCUUACCUUAAAGCAGGGUACCACAAGAAGGGUCCUGGACAUAAAUCCCACAAAGCGGGCUUCCAGGGUGAGGACCUAUUCUCUGACUACCAGUUGGUGGAGCCGAUUGUGGGAGCAGGUUCUCAACACUAUGGCAAGGUACACACUGGGCUCUGUGUUGAUUUGAGAUGGCAAAAUGACAACCUGGACCAACUUCUAGAAAUGAUGGAGAUAGAGAACUAUAGAAGUCAGAGAGACACAUUCACCCAACAACUGGACACAAAGCAGGUCAUCCGUGAAUCAUCUCCUGUCCCCAUCAAAAGCAAUUUUUCACGUCCCUCUCGGCCAGCCAAUCAACGCCGUCCAUCCAGGUGGGCAAAGCAUACACUCCCUAGCACAAUACCCCCUACGUCCUGCCCACCAAGCCCCAGUCUGAAAGCCAAACAGUUUUUAAAUUCCUAUUCCCUGCACACGGAAACAGUCAUCAUGUGACCAGGAUAAAACAACCUUGAAUGGACACUUUAAAUGGACAUCUUGAAUCUUGUAUCUUUCACCCAAUGGACAGAUCUUUCAACUUUAACCUUUUACAGAUCAUGAACUGCUUUCUUUUGAAUGUAACAGCCAUCACCCCUUCAAUGCACCUUAAUGCAGUCCGUAACUUCAAAAGGAUACCUUUUUCUUAUAAGUCUGUGCUUUUUGAAGUGUUCUGGAAAGUAACUCCAGUGAACAUUCUGUGACCUGGUGACAUACCCAUCAUUGCCUUUCAGUCUCCUCACUUUUUUGUCAUUCUCAUUAAGUUUUGUAUGGUUUGAUUCAGUUUUUAAUUGUUUUUCUGAGUGCUUUCCAUACAUACAGGUCUUACAGUGCCAUGCAGGGCAUUGUUUUAAACCAUGCAAGCAUGUAUACAUAGUACAUAACAUGUUUUUAAACAUACAUGGCAACCUAAUGUAUUAUGCAUAAUCUAUAAAGGUGUGUGCAAAUAUUUUGAUGUCAAAUCGCCAUGAAGUCCAUUUCAGUACAGCGUUAGUGCUUCAUAAUAUUGAUGUGUUGAAGACAUUAUGGGCUCAUAAUGUUUUACAAGCCUUAUUUGACGGUGCCUGUGGUGGGCUGUAACUAUGCAGUGCAUGGCACCUUUUUUGCGGGAACAGGUCUGCAUUUUUGGCCUUGUAAAAUCGCCAAAUGAACAAAGCAGAUAAUCUGUGAAUAUGACUUGUAUUGAGUGUAUUGUAAUAAAGAAAUGCUUUUGGGAUGAUUAUUUAAUGUUGUGAUAUGACCCUUACAAAUGACGUGAUCCUUUUUUGUCUGGAGAAUAAACACUUGUGCUUUGACCAGUCAGUGAAACA